AUGAAAAAAAAGAGAAAUUUGUCUCGUUUGUUCGUAGGUCCUCGCGGCGCCGUUGGCGGUUGCAACAACGGCAGUAGAGUGGAUCCCUGGCUGAGCAACUCGUUUUUCUGCCCCUCGGUCCCGAGCCCGGGACACCCAAGGAUCGACGAGGGGCAAUCGACACUCCCUGCCAACAACGAUUUCGCCUUUCCCGACACCAACAACAGCAGCAACAACAAUAACCCUCGUGCGCCCAGUCAUUACCUCCAACGUCAGGCCCAGCACCACCACCACCACGUAGGCCAAGAACGCGACAGCAACGGCUGCUACGGCAACAUAAACGACAGGGGCCCGAACAACAGUACACCCGGCAACACGAGCCUCGGCUACGUCGACACCACCACCACGACGCGCUCCAAUGUCACUGUCGGCUCGGAUCCGUACGGAGUGAUCAACGGUUACAACAACAGCUUGGCCCCGCGCGCCACCUCCUCCUCGCACCAAGGCCGCCAACUGGUCCAGUUGCUCAGCACGCCCGCGAGCUCGUCCACGCGAAACGACCAGAGCUCGUCCGACUUUUUGACCAGCUACAUAUCGGGCUUCCCGAGCCGGGGCAGCCCCACCGGUGUCAAGCGCCAGCAGGAGGCCAUCGACGAGCAACGCGCGACCUCGUCCUCCUCCUCCUCCCCCCCGAACGCACCCCCCAGCUACGCCAACACGUCGCUCCUGAGCUCGCUGCUGUCCAACUCGCGGAACACGGGCGCCGGCGUCAAGAUCACCGGCUACUCGAACCGGUUGCCGAGGCCAGACAACCCUCCCAUCAGGCCCAACAACAACAACAGAGGCGGGCCGGGCGUCGACGAGCCCCUUGUCAUACCUACGAGUCCAGAAGCCACCGGCAACCUGCUGCUGGGACCGGUCAAGCUCGAGUAUCCGGAGGCCGCUGGACCUCCGGAUCUUCGAGAGGACCACGUCAAGGUCGAGUACAUCCUCGGGGACACGGGCUCCGAUUUCGACGACAUGAAGUACGAGCAGCCUCAACAAGGUGGACCCCACCUGCAGGACGCGAGCGAACCGCCCCACAGCAGCAACAACAACAACAACAAUAGCCCCAGCAACAACAACAACAACAACAACAACAACAAUAGUAAUCAGAGCAGCGGUCUCGGGGCAAUAGGCUCGAGUAUGUCGGUGGACAGCGUGGUUCUUUCGCCGUGGAACACCCUGGUCAAUCACGACAUCAAGCAGAGCCCGGACAUGGAGGAGUGGCUUUUGAUGGGCAACGAUUCCGAGGAGUCGUAUACCGAGUUGAGGGCCCCGCCGAGCCUCCCGUCCUUCACCAACUGCACGGCCAACGUCGGCUGCAUCAACGGCAUCAACGGACGCCACUACAACACCAUUGCCGUGGCCAGUCGGACUCACACGGGCUCGCCAACGCCCUCCACGAACAACGACAGCAGCCCCAACAACAACACCGCCGCCUCCGCCGCCAAUCUUGAGUACUACGAGUCCUCGGUCGUUUCCUCGAGCACUCCCUGCCAGCCCCAGCCGAGUCAAAAGCACCACCAGCAGAGCUUGCACCACCACCAUCACAACAACAACAACAACAACCACCACCACCACCACCACCAGCAGCAGCAGCAGCAGCAGCAUCAGCACCACCACCACAACCACAACCACAACCAGCACCAGCAGCAUCAGUACCAAUUUUCGCAGCCGCCGUCGGAUGAGUACAUUGACCAGUUGGUGAACAACAUAAUGAUGAACUCGGUGAUAGCUGACACGACGGUCUCGGGUAGCGGGCCGUCCUCCGAGCAGGAGACGCCCGAUUGGGAGGAGGAUAUACACAAAUUCUUGGCGUACCCGCACGGUCCCAAGACCGAGGAGCCGAGUCCCAUCGUAGUGCCGAGCGUCGCCGGCCGGCAAUACCCGCAACAACAGCUCUACCCGGGCGGUGGUGUUCAUCCGCACAUCCCGGGAGCGUCCCAGAGCAUGUUGGUCGACUGCUCGUCCCCGAUACUCCAGAACAGGUUGCAGCCGUCGUCGGGGGCGAGGUGCGGCGAGGCGCCCACCUCGACGAGCCUGUACACACCGGCCGGCAGUCCGCCCGGCUGCGUCUCGACCUCGUGCAGUCCCGACCAGCCGCCCCACUCGUCGUUCGUCGCCCCCUCGAACCCGAGGAAACGGCCCCGGGCCUCGGGCGGCCACCACCCGUCCAAGAAGCACGCGCCCUGCGCCUCGUCCAGUCUCGACAUGGGCAACGGGCCCGGCGACGGCUCCGGACCGGCGAGCACGACCUUGGCCUUCGGUGGCGCGGAGGCUGGCCUGAUGACCGCCAAGGAGAGGCCCAUGCACCGGUGCUCGGUGUGCAGUCGGGGCUUCCUCAACAAGAGCAACAUCAAGGUCCACCUGAGGACUCACACUGGCGAGAAGCCGUUCAAGUGCGACGUGUGCAGCAAGUGCUUCCGCCAAAAGGCCCAUCUGAUCAAACACCAGCAGAUACACCGACGGCUCGGUAAUGAACAAGCCUAGGCGUAUUAGGGCAGGCGCGGGUUUCUUCGCCCACACAAACCCCCCCCCCUUUUUUUUUUUUUUACUUCCACAUUAUUAUCAUUACGUUGUUUGUACACCGCGACCCCCUUGCCCUACUACGAUCUUACACAUAUUGUGAUGUUUGUAAUCGCGCGCGUGACUUUUUUUUUUUUUUUUUUCUUUUUUUUUCUUUUCCUUUUGUUGUUGUUGUUUGUUUGUUUUUUUUCCUGUUUGUUCUUAACAAACGAACGAGCGUUUUGUCAUUCGUUUGUUUUUUAUAAACUAACAAGCAACUCUUCAUCAAGAUUGUAGAUAGCGAGUUAAGGUCGCCGAGCCUGCCUUAUUGCAGCAGAGAGAUCUCGUUUCCCGGUGCAGCGAAGCACGUUUUGAAACAAACUAAGUACGACGACAACGACGACAGCAACGACUGUUGUUCAUCGUGACGUUGCGUCGACGAUGACGACGACGACGACGACGACGAUUAUUUUCAGCGGGACGCGCCCGCUGCCGUGAGAUACUUACACAUAUACAUAUAUAUAUAUUAUAUCGCUGAACGGCGCGGCUCAUUGUUCG